GCCGGUGUUGUUUAUAUUUGUGUCCGCAGUUCAACCCAUCAGAUCCCAUUUCCAGUGACUCUAAAGGAUAUGUCGAGGAGCCGACAAUCAAAAAUAAAAUCGCCUGUGUGGCCUUUGUGCUGGACGCCGACAGAGUGAGCGACUACCCUGAGCCUGUCCAGGAGGCACUGAGGGAGCUCAGGCUGAAGAUCAGUGACCUUGGUGUUCCUCAAGUAGCCCUGUUGACCCACACUGAUGAGGUCUGCAACUCUGUUGACGAAGAUGUGAAAAAUAUCUACCAAAGCCAAGUUGUCCAGGACAAGGUGUAUGCUGCUGGGAAUCUGCUUGGCCUGCCCGUGUCCUGCAUUGUGCCAGUGAAAAAUUACUCGAGUGAGCUGGAACUCAACUGCAGCACCGACAUCCUCAUCCUGAGCGCAGUGGACCUCAUCCUGCAAUACGUCGAUAUGUUUUGUGAUGAAUUCGCGAUGUCUAAAUCUGCUCCGUGAUCAAGUAGUAGAGGGAUCACAUCUGGCAUGGCGGUGCUCAUAUUGGGGCACAGGUUUUUGGUUUCUGUUGAUAUGCUUGUCUUGUGCUCUUUCCUGUCUUGUGGUUAAUUUGGGGUAUAAGUGAUGUGAAUGCUUUCAAGUGCUGGUGUCUGAGGUGGACUGACUGGUUUCAAAAACUGAAUGGAGCAAUGUGGAUGAUUCUCAAAAGGCAGUCUGUGGGUCAGAUUAUCGAUGGAGGCCACAGAGAGUCCAAUGAGAGCAAAGAAUUGGGUUAUGACCUGAGUGGAUGUGUCUUUCCUUAGUUGAUCGAGUUUCAUUUGGCUUAGUGGUGACAGGCCAGUGUUGUCCUCUCUUUUUACCACAAACUUAUUGAGCUCAACUCUGCUGGCUUUUCACAUUUCCAGCUGGCAUCUUCUUCAUCUAUACUAAAAUGUGAUGUAUGUAGGAGACUCUUCUUUAUAAUGAUCUAACGCUGUGCUGCAGUCAUAAUGGUAUACAACUCAAUGUCAAGGGGGUUUAUACAACAAACACCCAUCAGAACCAUCCAGAAGCCUCCUCAAAUGCUCCUGAUCUUUCCAUGGUCCACGUGCAGAACGCAUGGCUGGGGUACUUGCCAUUAGAAUUGGGUCUAUGAUUUUCUUUUUUUUUAGUCAACAGUACAGAAAUGAAAUAAAGAGUUUGUCAUGUCGACAUGUG